AUGGCGCCUAAGAAGAAAACUACCCAAUCCAACUCCCUGCCCCCAACACAGGGAGACAUUCCUCAGGGAGCAGCCAUGGGGGAGUCCACACCCUUGCUGUCAGCAACCCACCGAGGGGCCACGCUCCCAGGGCCACCCCUAGGGCAGGUACCACCAGAUACCCAAGCAUGGGCACCACUCUACUCCAUCCUGGGUCGGAUAGAGACGUUUAUGGAAAGGACCCAGCGGACCAUGGACAGACUACAACAACAAGCCGACAACAACUCCUCAAGAACCGCAACAUCUCUGCCUUCGCCUACUCACGCCCCUGCAUCAACCCCCCCUCGCACGGAGCGGUACGACGAAACCUUCAUGUUAGAAAAAUUCCUAAAGUUAAGGCCCCCAGCGUUCUCAGGGGCAACAAACCCAGAGACGGCCGAACAUUGGGUAAAGCAGACCAAGAGAAUACUAAGGACCAUGGGAUGCCCGGACCACCUCAAAGUCUCUUUAGCUACAUUCAAAUUCGAAGGAGAGGCAGUCAAUUGGUGGGAGACAACAGAAAGGGCAAUCCCUGAGGGCUGUGCCUGGCACUGGGAAGACUUCGAGAGGAGGUUCUUCGAGAAGUACUUUCCAAGAUCUUACCGAGACGAAAAGAUGUCUGAGUUCCUGAAGCUCACUCAAGGCGAGAUGACUAUCGCGCAGUAUGAGGCUAGGUUCACUGAGUUAUCGCGCUAUGCGCCGAAAUUAGUCGAAGAUGAAGACUUCAAAAUCAAGCUAUUUAAAGAUGGUCUUCGACCCUCGAUCCACUCCAAGAUAUGCUGCCUAAACCUGGAAAGCUAUGCCGAUGCAAUCGACAAGGCGACUCGAGCUGAAAAUGACGACGAUCGUAGAUCACGGGCCAGGAUUCAACAACAGGAGGCCGGGAAGAGGCUCAGAACAAACCCUGUGAUGCCACCAAUAUCGGACAAAAGACUGAGGAUUGUCUCGCAACAAGCAGGAAUCACCGAAGACAAGAAGCCGCGAGACAGUUGCCCGGGAUGCGGCUACUGCCAGAAGCUGGGACACGAUAUGAAGAACUGCUACAAGAAAAUGAGGGACGAAGGGCGCCCUGUUCCAUCACAGAAGCAACCGUUGGGGCCAAGCGCGCCUCAAAAAUCCCAAGGGCGCCUGUACGCCAUGAGGUCACCGGAAGACGCAGACACUGCCUCAGGACUAAUAGAAGACCGUUCCUCGACCAAUUUGUCAGUCUUCAUCGAUGACAUCCUAAUCUACUCCCGAAGCAAAGAAGAACACGAGGUUCACUUACGAGAGGUCCUGAAUUUGCUGAAGGAAAAUCAACUUUACGCUAAACUCUCGAAGUGUGAGUUAUGGAAGGAAGAAGUCAGGUUCCUAGGACACGUGGUAAAUCGCCAAGGCGUCGCGGUAGACCCGGCCAAGGUGGAGGUUGUCCUCCAAUGGGCCAGACCGGAUACCGUCACUGAGAUCAGAAGUUUUCUAGGGUUAGCAGGGUACUAUCGACAAUUCAUCAAUGAGUUUUCCAAAAUAGCCCGGCCACUAACCAAUCUAACGAAGAAAAAUGUACGGUUCCAAUGGGAUGGGAAAGCUGAAGAAGCCUUCCAAGAACUCAAGAAAAGGCUAACUUCCUCCCCCAUACUCACCCUGCCCGAGGAAGGGGUAGAAUUUGCGGUAUAUACAGACGCCUCCCUUGAAGGCUUGGGAUGCGUGCUUAUGCAAAACAAUAAGGUGAUCGCGUAUGCGUCCAGACAGUUGAAAGUACACGAACAAAAUUAUCCAACACAUGACCUGGAACUAGCGGCCGUGGUGUUUGCUCUCAAAAUGUGGAGACAUUAUUUGUACGAGGAACAAUUCAAGCUUAACACAGACCACAAGAGCCUUAAGUACUUGUUCGACCAAAAGGACUUAAAUAUGCCACAGUGCCGAUGGAUGGAAACACUGAAGGACUACAAGUUUGAAAUACAAUAUCACCCAGGGAAGGCAAACGUAGUGGCUGACGCACUCAGUCGCAGGAGAUCUCACAUUUCGGCAGCCACAAUUGCACUCGAGGAAUGGGAAAUGCUGGAAUUCAUAAAGGACUUUAAUAUCCAGCUAGACCUAGGAGAAGGGAAUGUACUGCUCGGAAAUUUAUCCAUGGAACCCUCACUGCUUCGUCAAAUCAUUGAAGCGCAGAGACAAGCGAGGAGCUGCAGGAGCGUUAUUUGA